AUGCAAAUACCAGAAGAAGAGCAUGGCAGUGUCGAGGAUACGCUGUCUGCCUUGCAGCGAGUGCUUACAACGACUGAGGUAGAAGCCAUCACGCAGGUAAACGGCGCCUUCGCCAUAUGCAUCGCCGAAAGCGGGCCAGUAAUGCAGUAUCUUGGAGCCGGGUACUACGUCAAGCGUGCGCCGCUAUCGGUGAAAAGGAUGCUGGAACUCCGCGUCUCUGCCGCCAAGGAGAAGGCACCGCCUUCCCAAAAAAAUCAAACAGCGGAGCCAGAGCACGGGCAUACAACGGAGGGAGAUACGAUCGAAAUCAUUGAACGCUAUGAUUCUAGUGAUGAGUAG